AUGUACCAGAGCCUGGCGCUGGCCCCGAACCCCAGUCAGACCGCCUACGGGGACUCAGGCGCCUUUCUGCACACGCCGGGCGCCGGCUCCCCGGUGUUCGUGCCGCCCGCGCGGGUCCCCUCCAUGCUGCCCUACCUGCCGGCGUGCGAACCGGGACCGCAGGCUCCCGCAAUCACGGCGCACCCCAGCUGGGCGCAGGCAGCUGCGGCAGACUCGUCAGCGUUUGGCUCCGGCAGCCCCCACCCACCGGCCGCUCCGCCGCCGGGGACCACUGCCUUCCCCUUUGCGCACAGUUCCCCGGGACCCGGAGGCGGCACUGGGACCCGGGACAGCGGCGCCUUUCAGGGCGCGAUGCUGGCUCGGGAGCAGUACCCAGCGGCGCUUGGGAGGCCCGUGAGUUCCUCAUACCCCACAGCCUACCCUGCCUACAUGAGCGCGGAAGUGGCACCGUCCUGGACUUCUGGACCCCUGGACGGCAGCGUCCUGCACAGCUUACAGGGCCUCCCGGCUGGCCUCCCUGGCCGCAGGGCCACCUUCGCUGAGCUCCUGGAGGAGUUCCCGGGCGAGGGGCGUGAGUGCGUCAACUGCGGGGCCCUGUCCACGCCGCUGUGGCGCCGCGACGGCACCGGCCACUACCUGUGCAACGCCUGCGGCCUCUACCACAAGAUGAACGGUGUCAACCGGCCCCUCGUGCGGCCGCAGAAGCGCCUGUCCUCAUCCCGCCGGGCUGGCCUCUGCUGCACCAACUGCCACACCACCACCACUACCCUCUGGCGGCGCAACGCAGACGGCGAGCCAGUGUGCAACGCCUGCGGGCUCUACAUGAAGCUGCACGGGGUACCACGGCCCCUGGCAAUGAAGAAAGAGAGCAUCCAGACACGGAAACGGAAGCCGAAGAACAUUGUCAAGACCAAGGGCUCCUCAGGGUCUGCAGGGCACACCACAGCCUCCCCACCAGCCUCUGUCCCUGACCCAGAGGUUUCAGCAGCCACUUUGAAGCCCGAGCCCAGCCUGGCAUCCCCGUCAUGCCCCGGGCCCAGUGUCACCUCCCAGGGCUCUGCACACGUGGAUGACCCCCUGGCCCCCAGCCACUUGGAGUUCAAGUUCGAGCCUGAGGACUUUGCUUUGCCUUCUGCAGCCCUGGGCCAGCAGGCUGGCCUUGGCGGGGCCCUGCGCCAGGAGGCCUGGUGUGCACUGGCCUUAGCCUAG